CCCCCCCCCGCCCUUGUUCCCUUCUUCCCCAUUUCUCCGUCCAUUCCCCUCUUUCAUAUUUAAUAGUGUCAUCCCCUCCUUCUCUCCUCCUAUUCCAACCUUAUUCCGGGGGAUAGAAUGAGGGGAAUAACUUACUGGUUAGCGGAGCACCCCGCCAUCGUGGGCUUCCGGUGGAGCCACGCCCAGUCCUGGGGCUCCACCUGGUUCUUCCUCAUCUCCGCCAUCGCGCUCUAUCUCUCCCUCUCUCUCUUCCUCCAUCUCGCGCUCCGCCUCGCCGGUCGCCGCCGACCGGUCCCACUCGGUCCCCUCCCCGCCCUCCACUCCCUCGCCAUGGCCCUCGCCUCCGCCACCAUCUUCGCCGGCAUCCUCUUCUCCUCCCUCGCCGAGAUCCGUGACACCCGUUGGUUCUGGCGCCGCAUCAAGACCACGCCUUUCCAAUGGCUCCUCUGUUUUCCCCUCGGGACUCGCCCUACCGGGCGGGUUUUCUUCUGGUCCUACGCUUUCUACCUCUCUCGCUUCCUCCAUCUCCUGCGGACCUUCAUUGCGAUCCUCCGGCGGCGGCCAAGGGCGCUGGCGCGGCUCUUCAGCCACUCGGCGCUGGUGUGCAUGUCCUUCCUCUGGCUCGAGUUCUCGCAGUCGUUCCAGGUGCUGGCGAUUCUAUCGGCGACGCUGGCGCACGCGGUGGUCUUCGGGUACCGGUUCUGGGUCGGGGUGGGGCUGCCGGUGGCCAGCGGCGGCGCCGCCUCGUGCUUCCCGGUCGUAGUGGCGUGCCAGGUGGCGCUGCUGGGGUGCAACUUGUUGUGCCAUCUGGGGGUCCUCCUGCUCCACCUCUCCAAGGGGGGCUGCAACGGGAUCGGCGCCUGGGUGUUCAAUUCGGUGCUCAACGCCGCGCUGCUCGUCCUCUUCGUCGAUUUCCACGUCAAGAGGGCGGUCAGGAGGCGGAAAGGUCUCGCCUUGGACGACGAUUGCGGUAGCGUCCGUUGUUACCGGACUCAUACUUCUGGAUCUUCUGAGGCUAAUAAAGAGCAAUGAUUGUGAUUCAAUGGAGGAAGAGGAUGAGGAGGGAGAACGAAUAAGAAUUCUUCUACUCUUCUUCUUCUCCAUUCUCCUUCGCCUCCAUGUAUGUAUAGGUGAAAUAUUAUUAGACGACGAAUUAUUUGUAGAGACGGAGGAUUAUACUAAUUCUCGGGGAACUCAAAGGAGAAGAGUACCCUUUUUGUAUAAUUUACUUCAUAUAUUCAUACAGAGACGGACACACAGAAGAGAACGCUUUUUUCUUGAAGUUCUUCUCUGUUGUUUUGUUUUUUUUUUUUUUGUCUCGCUCUCUUCCCUAUUCAUCAAAAUCCAAUGCUUCAAUGAAUGAGAAACAAGCAUUUCUGCC